GCACCGUAUGGGAGUGGUUUCUUAGAAUCGAAUGAAUCCUGCUGAAUGUAAGGUUUUUCAAUUCCUGUAGCCGAACCAUUACUUUGUCAAGUCAAAAGGGUUUAAGGGAACACUAUUAGCGAUUAUUUUGUCUAACAAAUCACUGCCGCUGGAUGGUUGGUGAUUCAUAAGUUGCGUUCCCCUAACAUGUGCUGUGUCUGACGAGGCUGAACCGUGCUGCCGAGACCCUCAGGAAGACCAUGCUGUCCCUCCUGCUGCCCACUCUGCUUGCUGUGCAAGCUCUCGCUGUCCUGGAAGUGUAUGUCCCAGAGCUGCCAGUGGUGGCGCUGUAUGGCAUGGACACCACCCUCAACUGUUCCUUCAGCCACGCCUCUCCCUUCAACCUGUCUGACCUCAGUGUCUUCUGGCAGCUGACGGACACCAAGCGCAGUGUGCACAGCUACUGGGCUAGCCAGGACCAGCUGGCAGACCAGGGAGAGCGCUACGCCAACCGCACCAGCCUGUACCCCUCUCAGCUGGGCGCGGGCAACGCUUCGCUCCUCUUGAGAGGGGUCCGGGUGGCCGAUGAGGGUAGCUACACCUGCUUCGUCAGGGUGAAGGACUACGGCAGUGCAGCCCUACUGCUCCAGGUAGCAGCCCCCUACUCCAAGCCUCUGGUGACCCUGGAGCCGGACUCGAACCUGCGGCCGGGUGACGAGGUGGCGCUGACCUGCGUGGCGUACGGUGGCUACCCUGAGGCUGACGUACUGUGGCAGGACGGGGGCGGGCACAACCUGACAGACAACGUCACCACCUCCCUGGUGGCCAAUGAGGAGGGGCUGUUCAGCAUGCUCAGUGUCCUGACUGUCACCCUGGAGCCCAAUAGUACUUACAGCUGCAGACUGACCAACCCAUUAUUGGGCGAGGACGGCCACGCCUCCGUCACCAUCACAGCCAGACCGCCCAGCCAGACUGACCAGCCAGACUGACCAGCCAGACCGACCAGCCAGCCCGACCAGCCAGCCCGAGUUGCCUGCACGCCCGACACCACCAGUCUAGUCAAUAACUCAACUCUCUCCCAACACAAUUUCCUUCCCAGUUCCCACCUUUAUUUUUUUUAAUUCCCAAGGGAAAGGUUUGGAGUCAACAAAAAAACACAUACUGUACACCUCAAAUAUACAUUAACACACAGAAACUGCAAAUCCUCCAUGUAAUUAAUAUCAUGGGCCUAAUGGUACUGUAAAGCUCUUUUUACUUGCAAACAAUAUAGCUGGGUCCCCCCGUCCUGUCCCUAGAGGUCUACGGCCCUGCAGCACCCCAAACCAACACACCCUACUCAGCUUUUGGAUAUUAGUGAAACAUUAAUUGAUUGGUUUUGUGUGUGUUACGUAAAAGGCCAGAAUGACAACUCACAGGAUGGCAGACCCUGAGGGCCAGGACUGAGCAACCCAGUAGCUAAGGAUUGCCUAAAUAAGUAUCUCCCCAGACGUGGGCAUGUUUUCAAUACAGACUCCUUUAGUCAUAUUGUAUUCCAUAUAAGGCAUCCUGACCUUAUGAAAGUUGCCCAGUAUACCUUCAAUCUUGUAAUAAAUCAAAUCUGGUGAUACAUAACUUGACAUCGUGGGAGGAUAACCAACCUUCCAAUGAAUUUCUUAGCAGCUAUACAUGUUUUAUAGACACUCUUAUCCAGAGCGACUUACAGGAAGUAGCAAGUGAAUACAUGUUCAUACUUGUUUUCUUUCUUCUCUGUACUGGUUCCCCAUGGGAAUCAAAUCCACAACCCUGGCGUUGCACGUACCAUGCUCUACCAACUGAGCCACACAGCUUCGUUACACAGUUUCUCCAGAUAUUAGUCACCAGUAUCAACAUUUACAAGCAAACAAAAACAGGAGAGAAGGGAGAAUCUGUAGACAGGCUGAAAUAAAAGUACAUACCAGAAAUUAGCCAGCCUUCACAAGACAAACACAUAGGCAAAUCUGUCCCUUUUUGUGUUUUACACCUCCAGCAGAGGAAUUACAUUUAUGAGUGCAUGGUAUUCAGUUUACCUUGCCAGCUACAUCAGUACACUAAAGAGUAGCCAGUUUCUACUCUGCUUGCUUUUAUAACUCGAUGAAACAGCACAACACAUACACACUGAACUAUGCUCAACUCUCCCGUGCUGGUCCAACCAGCCAGCCUUCCAGAAGCUUUACUUUCACACAGCCUGUUAGCCCACUCUGUGGUGUCCACGGUCCAAAAUUCAGAAUGAAGGGGGGACAUGACCCCCCAUACCCAGUGAAAGUUGAGCCCCUGGGUAUGGUAAUAGAUCAUACUUGUAUAUUUUGUAGUUAAUGCAACAGUAAGGAGCAGUGUGCUAUUUAUAUAGCUAAUGAAGAAUUUGGAGGGCAUGUGUUUAACAUGGAACAUCGCAUAAGACACAGUUCAUUUCUAUUUAGAGAAGUGCAGAGAGAGAGAGAGAACAAAAACACCUCCCAGUGGCUUCAAAGGCCUGGGGCCCUGAUUCCCAGAAGCUGUACAGUAGCCUAAUGAUCAGACACUGUGGUAAUGGUGCUGAAAAAUAGCAGUAACACACUAUUUAAGAUUAGCCCACACAUUGUAAGCCUCAGCAAUAUGAUUGGUUGUUAUGGCCCUGAAAAACAUUUCAGAACAGCAUCAGUCUGAACAGUUAGGUUAGGAUUACUCCUUUUAUUGGCAUACUUAUCACCAUGAAUUAAUCAAGAAUUCACCAUUAUGGUCAUAAUAUAAUGGUCAGUGGGAUUAUGUGUUGAGCAGUUUUCACAUUGCCAUAUUUCCGUAUGCUACUAAUGUCUGUUCUCGAAUUAAAGUAUUGGUUCUUGUUCAGUAUGACAGAGAAAAAGGCCUCAUUAGGCUCGCACACAUCGCACCAUAUGUUGAUCUGGUGUUUGUCUGCCAAUCGUUCGGCACGCUGUGUUUUAGAGACCACCCGCUGGUGGACGGCUGACUGACAACAUUUUUACACGAUUUAAACCAGGGUAGUCUCAUGGCAUACAGUCUUAAAGUUGAAAUGUUGGAGAGUGUUAAAAUACAUUUAGCUUGACGUUGGUAUUCAUACUGUGGUCUCUUCUAAUGCAGCAGCCAGGAGCAUCAUGCUCUUUAAGUGAAGGGUGAAGGAAGAAGUGAGUGUAGUAAUGCUCUGAGUGGAAGUGGAGGUUACAGACCUCCUCCACCUUACUCUGCCAUCUCAGUGGAGCGGAGGCUCCAGUAAGUCACAUCCACAGCCAAACUCAUUCUCAAUGUCAAUUGCCAAGCAGUUCAAGUCCCUCUCCCUCUCUCUCUCUCUCUCUCUCUCUCUC